CGUCACGGCGAGGUGGAGUAGAAGAAAGUAAGAAACUAGACGAAAGGGAGAGAGCGAUUCACUGAAGAUUCUGCCCGGCCUUUUACUGGAGAGAUUCCACGGCGAGUACUGGCGCCAAAUCAUAAUUUCGCGGUUCCGUCAAAGUGUCGGCGAAGCAGCCAUGGAUGAGUCUCAGUCCGGUUCUAAUGUUUUCAGUUUACGGAUUGUUACGAUCGAUUAUUACAUGGCUUCUCCGAUCCCUGGUUACGAUAUUUGCUACAGUAGCUUUCAAGGUGGUGAGGUAAACGAAGUCCCUGUUAUAAGGAUAUAUGGCUCUACACCUGCUGGUCAGAAGACUUGCUUGCACAUUCAUCGUGCUUUACCGUAUCUCUAUAUUCCAUUCUCUGAGAUUCCACUUGAGCAGCGUAAAGGAGUUGAUGGAAGUACACUUGCUGUAUCCCUUGAGUUAGAGAAGGCUUUAAAGCUUAAGGGAACAGCUGCUUCAAAAAGGCAACAUGUCCAUGAUUGUGAGAUUGUUAGAGCCAAGAAUUUUUAUGGGUUCCAUUCAACAGAGGAGGCCUUUGUGAAGAUUUAUCUCUACCAUCCACCCGAUGUGGCUCGUGCUGCCAGUCUUCUUCUGGCAGGUGCUGUUCUUGGUAAAAGUUUGCAGCCUUACGAGUCUCAUAUUCCCUUUAUUCUCCAGUUUCUGGUUGAUUAUAAUUUAUAUGGAAUGGGUCAUGUGCAUAUAUCAAAGAUGAAGUUCCGUAGCCCAGUGCCUCGCCAUUUCCUUCCAAGGAGAUUUGAUUUGGAUGAUUGUGCAGGGAAAAAGAUUGACAAAGUGGCUAUGACAAAGGCAAAUUCAAGUGCUGCUGCAAGCGUCCGUUUUCCUGUUUGGAGCUUGUUAACAAUCCCAGGUCAAUGGAUGUGGAAUCUCUCUGAAGAAUCUGAUACACCGUUGAGCCAGAGCCAGCAUAGGCAGUAUUAUAGACGUCAGAGUCUCUGUGAACUUGAGGGAGAUGCUACUAUUAGUGGUAAGUUCCUGAAACGAAAUUUACUUUUUUUUUGUUUCAUGUAUGAACUGACCUUUGAACUAGUUUUUUCUCUUACAGAUAUUCUCAAUCAACAGUUUAAAAUGUACAACUCCCUUUCACAAGCUCAGUCUGAUACGAACAUGGUUCAGUCGCUUGUGGCAAUUUGGGAGGAGGAGUAUGAAAGGACUGGCGUGCAUGAUGCACCUAUACCUCCUGACCCCGGCAAACCCUCUGCAGCUGUUGUGUUGAAGACUAUGUCAGAUUAUGUUGGGUUUGAGAACAUGCUUAAAGAAAUGCGUAAUGAAGUUAAUUUGUCUCCAUCUGAGAUGAAUCCUACUGUAGUAUCUUUAGCCGGUCCAGAUAUGGAUGCCAAACCUGAAAUUACUGAUCUGCAGGUUUUGAAUCAUACGGUUGGUACACACAGUAUCUUUUCUGCAUCAGAACAGCUUUCUCCUCUUGGUGACAAGAGUGAAGAAGCAUCAAUGGAAAAUGAUGAAUAUAUUAAAACACCCACGGACAGAGAUACACCUGCUGAAAUACAAGAUUCUGAAGCCUUGAGUCUCUUUAAGUGGUUUGCCUCAUCCCAGGCUGCAGAGGACAUAAACUCUGAUGAUGAAAUUCUCCGGGAAACUAUCCUUAGUCCUCUUUUGCCUUUAGCGUCCAUAAACAAGGCUCUUGAAAUGGCUAGUACAGAUUAUGUGAGCCAAUCCCAAAAGGAAUGCCAAGAUAUUCUUGAUUCUCAGGAGGAUCUACCAGACUUUGGGAGUUCGACAAAAAGAGCUUUACCAAGUAAUCCUGACAGCCAGAAUCUUUUAUCUUCAUCAGACAAACCAUCUCUUGAAACAGAAGAUAUUGCAGAUAUCUCCACUUCUAAUGGAGAAAGCGAAAAUUCAUUUCAGAGAUACAGAAAGAGUGAUAAGGGUGAUUUACAUAUGAGGAGCGUAAUGGAGAAUAAGAACUGCAGUUUCUCUAAGAGCAACAAGCCUAGCAACUCAGUAUGGGGACCUUUACCUUUUACACUGACCAAAAAUCUUCAGAAGGACUUCGAUGGUACAAAAGAUAGUGAUAAAAUUGGUCUAACAAAGAUUAGUUCAGACCCCGUGAAUGAGUUGACAGAUAAUUAUAAUGUUCCAGUCAAAGAACAUCAAGCAGAUGUUUGUAACACGAUUGACAGAAACGACUUGGCUGGAUGUUCUCUGCGGGAUUUGAUGAGAAAAAAGCGGUUAUGCCAUGGAGACUCGCCUGUUUCACAACAUAUGAAGUUUAGGAAGGUUCUACCACAGACCAGAGAUUACCGACACGGAAAACAAAAGGAGUGCGCUUUGAGAGCUGAGGCCAAAAAACAAGGUCCUGCUCUUUCUGCAGAAUUUAGUGAAUUUGAUUAUGGCAAUGCUCCUCCAACUUUAUCUCCUAUAGAUGCUGGAAAUUGCGAGUGUAAUAUAUCCACUCAGUCAUCUGAACUUCAUUCUGUUGAUAGAUGUCCGGCUAAAGAGACAGCAGGUCAAAACAGUGAUGAAGUUUCAAAGAAUAUUUCAUCCACCACUGUUCCACUUGGUAAGGAUCCACAAACAGUGGAAUCAGGAACAUUGGUUUCUAGCAAUAAACUUGGUAAGAUUAAAUUAGAUGUUAUCCAAAAAUCUGGGGGAGAGCAAAAGUCAUCUGCCAAUGGAAUUGAUGAGACGAGAAGAUUAAUAUGCCUAACCUUAAGCAAGAAGCCUCCUUCUCCCGAUUGCCUAGGUGCUGGACUGCAGGAUUCUGCACAUUCUCAUGAAAUUCCCGCUCAAUUUCUUCAUGCCAGGGGAAAACAGCAUGUCGGACGUGAGUGGAAUACUAAGGAGAUUCCAUUUUUUCCCCGGAAGGACAUCGAAUUCGACAAGGAUGAGAAGAAACACUUUUUCGAAGGACCUUCCCUUGGCAUUCCCUUGCACCAUCUCAAUGACGGCUCAAACCUCUACUUACUGACCCCUGCUUUUUCACCCCCUCCUGUGGAUUCUGUUUUACAAUGGAUAUCGAAUGAAAAAGGUUCAGGAGACUAUAUAUUUGAUUCAGAAAAUCAACUAUUAGGAGAUGAGCAUAUUGAUCGUGGGGCGAGUUGUACUGAUCUUGCUUCUGCAUCUAAUGUGAUGUCUGUGUCUGAGCACAUAAAGCAGCAUAAUAACAUUUUUGUGAAUUCAGAAUCAAAUACUUGUACAGAGUCUGAGUUAGAUCUGAAACGAAAAGAAAAUAGUCUUAACUUGCAGACUAGUGUUUCCCAAGAGAUGUCUCAGAUUUCAGGUCCUGAUGGGAAAUCAGGGCCCACUCCCUUAAGUCAAAUUGGAUUCCAAGAUCCUGCGAGCAUGGGGGCUGGGCAACAGCUUACAGUAUUGAGUAUUGAGGUUCAUGCAGAGUCUAGAGGGGACCUGCGACCUGAUCCACGAUUUGAUUCUGUCAAUGUCAUAGCUCUUGUCGUGCAGAAUGAUGAUAAUUUUGCAAAUGAAGUAUUUGUGCUUUUAUAUAGUUCAGAUAGCAUUGAUCAGAGAAAUGUUGAUGGCCUAUCUGGAUGCAAGUUGUCUGUCUUUGUUGAAGAGAGGCAACUAUUCAGUUAUUUUAUUGAGACUUUAUGUAAAUGGGAUCCAGAUAUUCUACUGGGCUGGGAUAUACAGGGCGGAUCCAUUGGUUUUUUAGCUGAAAGGGCUGCACAGCUUGGUAUAAGAUUUCUCAAUAAGAUAUCUAGGACGCCAUCUCCCACCACGGCCAAUGAUUCAGAUAAUAAGAGAAACCUUGGUAAUAAUCUGCCGCCAGAUCCGUUGGUAGCUGAUCCUGCUCAAGUAGAAGAAGUGGUAAUUGAGGAUGAGUGGGGCCGUACACAUGCUAGUGGUGUUCAUGUUGGAGGUCGAAUUGUUCUCAAUGCAUGGCGUUUGAUUCGCGGGGAAGUUAAACUCAACAUGUACACGGUUGAAGCUGUGUCAGAGGCUGUUCUGAGGCAAAAGAUUCCAUUAAUACCCUUUAAAGUAUUGACAGAAUGGUUUUCAAGUGGUCCUGCCGGUGCAAGAUAUCGAUGCAUAGAAUAUUUUAUUCGCCGAGCUAAUUUGAACCUGGAGAUUCUGAGCCAACUUGACAUGAUAAAUCGUACGUCAGAACUUGCACGUGUUUUUGGCAUAGAAUUUUUCUCAGUUCUCUCCCGAGGUUCCCAAUACAGAGUGGAAUCCAUGCUUUUAAGAUUAGCACAUACUCAAAAUUAUCUUGCUAUAUCUCCAGGAAACCAACAGGUUGCUUCUCAGCCAGCUAUGGAAUGUGUACCUCUCGUGAUGGAACCAGAGUCUGCCUUCUACGAUGAUCCUGUUAUUGUGUUGGAUUUUCAAUCUCUUUACCCGUCAAUGAUUAUAGCAUAUAAUUUGUGCUUCUCUACAUGUCUCGGAAAACUUGCACAUUUGAAGAUGAACACUCUUGGGGUCAGCUCAUACUCUCUAGACCUUGAUGUUAUUCAGGAUUUAAAUCAGAUCAUGCAGACACCAAACAGUGUGAUGUACGUGCCACCAGAGGUGCGUAGAGGAAUCUUACCAAGGCUGCUAGAGGAAAUUCUAUCUACAAGAAUAAUGGUGAAAAAAGCAAUGAAAAAGUUGACUCCUUCAGAAGCAGUUCUUCACCGGAUAUUUAAUGCGAGGCAGCUUGCUUUAAAGCUGAUAGCAAAUGUGACUUAUGGCUAUACUGCUGCUGGCUUCAGUGGUCGAAUGCCUUGUGCAGAGCUGGCAGAUAGUAUUGUUCAGUGUGGUCGUAGCACACUUGAGAACGCUAUUUCGUUCGUCACUGCCAAUGAUAAGUGGAACGCUAGAGUUGUGUAUGGUGACACUGAUAGUAUGUUUGUCCUCCUCAAAGGAAGAACUGUAAAAGAAGCUUUUUUAGUUGGACAAGAGAUUGCGUCUGCAAUAACUGAAAUGAACCCACACCCAGUCACUUUAAAGAUGGAGAAAGUCUAUCACCCUUGUUUCCUUCUUACGAAGAAGCGCUAUGUUGGGUACAGUUAUGAAAGUCCCGAUCAGAAUGAGCCUAUAUUUGAUGCAAAAGGUAUUGAAACUGUCCGAAGAGACACUUGUGAAGCUGUUGCAAAAACUAUGGAGCAAUCGUUGAGACUCUAUUUUGAAAAGAAGAACAUCUCUAAGGUUAAGUCGUACUUGUAUAGACAAUGGAAGCGGAUACUAUCAGGGAGAGUGUCUCUCCAAGAUUUUGUCUUUGCAAAAGAAGUUCGGUUGGGGACUUAUAGCACAAGAGACUCUUCACUCCUUCCUCCAGCAGCUAUUGUGGCAACCAAAUCAAUGAGAGCAGACCCUCGGACAGAGCCACGCUAUGCUGAACGAGUGCCUUAUGUUGUGAUCCAUGGGGAGCCAGGGGCUCGACUUGUUGAUAUGGUGGUGGACCCACUGGUUCUUUUAGACAUCGAUACACCCUACAGAUUGAAUGACUUAUACUACAUCAACAAACAAAUUAUACCAGCUUUGCAAAGGGUCUUUGGACUUGUGGGUGCAGACUUAAACCAGUGGUUUUUGGAGAUGCCCCGUGCCACCAGAAUUUCCCUUGGUCAACGUCCUUUAAACUCUAAAAACUCGCACAAAACUAGAAUAUAUUAUUUUUAUCUCUCGAAACAUUGCAUCUUGUGUGGGGAAGUUGUUCAGGAAUCUGCUCAGCUAUGCAACCGGUGCCUCAAAAAUAAAAGUGCUGCUACUGCAACCAUGGUUUGGAAGACUUCAAAAUUGGAGAGAGAGAUGCAACACCUAGCCACGAUAUGCAGACACUGUGGUGGGGGAGACUGGGUGGUGCAAUCCGGAGUGAAAUGCAAUUCCCUCGCUUGCUCAGUCUUUUACGAGAGACGGAAAGUUCAGAAAGAGCUUCGUGGCCUCGCCUCCAUUGCUACAGAGAGUGACCUUUACCCUAAAUGCAUGGCUGAGUGGUUCUAACCUUAUCAACAAAUCAAUCCAAAAACCAGAUCAUGAACAAACAGCAUGGUGUCUAUGUUUUAUAUGGUUGUGAUCAAAGAACAUUGUGAAUAUAUGUGUUGUAGUAUAGUUCAGCCACUAACCAUUGUGUAAGGUGUAAGUCUUAGCACAGCUGAGUAUAUAUAAGCAAUUAUAUCUUUGUGUUCAUAACCAUGUGUUUCAAACCAGAGUCCAUAACUUUAAAAAUCUCCACUUUUUCAGUA